UCUUGUGCUAGCUUGUUUGUUUACUUAUCAUGUCUUCCAGCGACGACGCGGCCGUCUGGCAAAGUGUCGGCCAUGAUCUCGUCCAGUCAUUUGUGUCCGUGACAGUCGAGACAUUCGUUGUUGCGGUCUACUCCGUCCUAGUCUUUGAGACUGGUCGACUGCUACUGAGAAAGAGCCACACCAAGGUCUCGCUCUGCACAUGUCUGGCGGUGCUCGUCAUGUACGGCCUCGACCUUUCACUUUGGAUGAUCGACGUACACAAUGUUGUCGCCGAAAUUCAAGGGACGCUUCUUUCCACCUCCACCGCCCCCCUCGACGGUAUCUAUGCUACCGUCAUAUCCAAAAUCCUCCGUCUGUCGUCCAUUGAGGAUGUCAUUUACGCAUACAUGACCAUCAUCGGCGAUGGGAUCAUCAUAUGGAGAGCCUACGCUUUCUGGUCGACCGGCCGAGAAUGGCUUGUCCUUUUCGUCCCCCUCGCCUUCCUGGCAGGGUCACUUUCGACCUCCAUCAUGCUCACCUAUUGUGCUGCACGCCUGGGAGCCGACAUCGAGCUGGGCACCUACCAGCACCCGGCCUUCUGUCGCAACAUCCAGACCGCGUCGUAUUCCACGACGCUCGCGACCACCGCUGUGACAACGAUGCUCAUCGGCUACAAGACAUGGAAGUACAGACGCACGCAUAUUGAUGCCUUCGGGGGUUCGUCGCCGCAGACCCGGACGCAGAGGGUUAUGGUCAUGCUCAUCGAGUCUGGUGUCCUCUACAUGCUGUUCUUCGUGAGCACUACGUUCCUCCCCCCGCACAGCGGCCCCUCGCUGAUCCCGUCGCAGCUCGUGCAAGUGAUCAUGAGCCUCAGCUCCGUGAAUGCCAGCCUGAGCCAAAGCACGUCGCUCGCCUUCGCCUUCUCCAUCUACCAGUACAUCAGCAGCUCCAUCGUCGGCAUAUACCCGACGCUCGUCGUCAUCCUCGUCAACUCGAAGCACUCCAUGCUCAGGUCGGGCGUGGGCACCGGCUCGUCGAACAGCGCGCUGGUGUACAAGCGCGGGCCGGGCGCGAGCGAGGCGACGUACAGCUCGACGGCGACGGUGGACCCUGCGCGCGGGCCGGCGGCGGAGAUCAGCCUGUACGAGAUGGCGCAGCUGAAGGAGGACUGUGCGGAGGACCCGGAGGCACUGGCAGGCGUCACGGGGAGGAAUGGGACUGUGAAGAUACAGGUGCAGCAGUCCGUGGCAUACGAUGUGUGAGCCGUCGGCGCAGGACUACUCGGACUCGAGACCGUGUGUGUGGAUCAGUCUUUGUUGAGCGCUCGGUGUAUCAUUUUGUGUCUUAGUAGUCGCUGGGGGAUACAAUAUAUUGCGCC